CGGGGGUGGCCCCCACCCUCCGAGUCCUCCGGUCCUCGCGGCUGUCCGCCAGCGUCGCACCCCGUGGCCUCUGUCCCCGCUCCGUGUCCGCCUUUCCCCCUCCGUGCCGCCAUGCCGGGCUCGCCCUGCGGGCUCCUGCUCGACUACAAGACGGCCAAGUUCUCGCUGACGCGGAACCGGCGGGUGGGGCUCCUGUACCGGCUGCUGCAGCUGAGCGCGCUAGGCUACCUGCUGGGGUGGGUGCUGCUGCUGCGGAAGGGGUACCAGGAGCGCGACGCGGCCCCGCGUGUCGCCGUGGUCACCAAGGUGAAGGGAGCGGCUCCCGCCGGGGCCGCGGGCCGGCGGCUCUGGGACGGGGCGGAUCUCACCUGGCCCCCGCAGGGAGAAAAUGUGCUUUUUCUGGUGACCAAUUUCAUUGCCACAGCCCAGCAGGCCCAGGGCACCUGUCCCGAGAGCCCCUCUGUCCUUGACGCGAUGUGCACAGAAGAUGCAGAUUGUCCCAUGGGAAACCCUGUGGUUCAUGGCAAUGGGAUAAAAACUGGGAAAUGUGUGAUGUUCAGUGCCACCCGUUCCACCUGUGAGAUCUAUGGCUGGUGUCCUGUGGAGAACAGUACCCUGCCCAGGAAACCUCUUCUGGCUGAGGCGGAGAAUUUCACUCUCUUUAUAAAAAACACUGUCCACUUCACCAAAUUUAACUUCUCCAAGUGCAACACUUUACAAACCAGUGACCCCAGCUAUUUCAAGAGCUGCACAUAUGAUCCAGUCUUCAACCCCUCCUGUCCUGUGUUCCGUGUACGUAACAUGGUGGAGGCAGCUGGAGAGCACUUUGGAGACCUCGCACUGCUGGGGGGGAGCAUUGGAGUUCUCAUCAAGUGGGACUGCGACCUGGACCACCCUGCUGCCCAGUGCCAGCCACAGUAUUUCUUCAGCCUGCAGGACACAAGGUACAAUUUCAGAACUGCCUCUUACUACUGGGGCUCCCAGCGGCAGCUCUACCGGAACCUGCUGAAGCUUUACGGCCUCCGCUUCGACACCUCCGUGCACGGCCAGGUACCGUGUCCUGCGCAGCCCCGGCAGUCCCCAGGGCUGACUCCUCCCACCACUCCCCGCUGCUCUCCUGCAACCACCCCUGUGGCUUCCUGCUGCUGUUGCUUCUUCCCAUCCUGGGUUCAACACAACAGAAGUGGGGAACCAUGAAGAAGACAGCCACAACAAUUCCCUGGUCUCCAAGGUCUUAGGGGUGGGAUGACAUCAUUCUGUUCUGGCUGAAGUGCUGCCGUGAAAGCAGUGUCCCACGAGGACAUCUGCAGAGCACUGUCCUGUACAGGGACUUUCACUGACCUCUACACAGCUCUGACCAGUGAGAGAUGGACAGCUUUCCUCUUCAAACUCUGGGGCAAAAAGAGCCUUAUUGUGAAAGCAAAUGCUGAGGAUAGGCUGCAGGAGUGGGAACCACCAGUAGUUCCUGCAACAGCCAAGGAGGACCAGGAGAAGAGUGCAAACCACAGGGUGGGCACAGCAGAAGAAAGCAGAAGGAAAUAGUAGGUUUGAGACUGUCCUCAGUCAAAAAGCAUUAGCACCAACCAGAAGAACCACCACCAAAUAAGAAAGAGGAAAAAAUGCUCCAGUGGCCCCUCACAGAAGCACAAACAGGGACAUUUGUGAUGACAGCUGAGCAAAGCUGCAGGGGACACAUUGGCUGACCCCUGCCAGACGGUGCUCCCCAGUACCUCCAGCUCUCAGCGCAGAAUGCCAUCCUGGUACCCAAAAGACAUCUCUGGGAGCCCCUCCUGGGUAGUAGAACAACACAGUGUUCAGUGGCGGACCCCCACUGCUGACCCUGUGUGCCUGGGCAGACCUAGGCAGUCCCUGCCCCCUGCAGCCACCGCAGCACACAAAGCAUGGGGCACAGAGCAGGGAUUCCGCACCUUGAUCAAGGCGUUCCCUUUGAACAGGCCCCUCAGACAUCGAACUAAAGCAACUUGACCUUUCCUUUCUAAUUAGGGUGGGGAUAAAGAGCUAAAUGCUCUGGUAUGGAAAGGCUGCAGGAGGGGAACGUCCCCACAGCAGCUCUCCCCAGCACAGGUGGUGCCUUGGCACAAACAUGCUCCUUUAUGCAAUUUUGGCCAAGGUGCCAGUACACUCUGAGGUGGGUCCAAGGUGCCAAGGGCCCCAGGUGCCAGCUAGAGCCCCAUCCCCUGCAGCAGGUGUUUACCUGACGUGUUCAGGCACCAGGAGGAGAAGGGUGAGAAUCAGGGACCCAUGGAGUGAUACACUGAGCCCUGUGCCUCUCCAAGCCCGAGGGACACAUCCAACUGCCAAGCUCCAGUCUGGAGCAAUGUGGCACCCUCAGGGAGGGAAGGCAUGAGAGCCAUUGGGGAGGGAACAGAGGGGCAGUCAGAUGAUCUCUGCAGAGCCACAGCUGACUCCUGUCCCGGGCUCCCUCUUGAUCCCUGCCUGGGUGCUGCUGCCGAGUAGUCUGAUGGCUGAGCUGGGCAGCCCUUUGCUUCCCUGAUUUCCCUCUCCCCAUCCUUAAUAUCAGAAAGCACUUGGAAAAACCCCUUUGGCUCCAGUCAUGAGGAGGUUCUAUGGCCACUGUUUUCAGAUUUGGAUGGGACAAAGGCAAGAGAAGAAUAAACAGCAGCAAAUAUUUUGGGGAUAAAUUCCUGGUGCACCCAGUCUAAACACCCAACACGGCUCCAAAACAGAUGAGACAACACAUCCCAGCUAUCAACACGUCUCAGGAAUGCAUUCCCAGGUAGGGUCCCAGCCAAGGGAAGAGGUGGGCUUCACUACAAGUGUAACAAAGUUCCUGAGCUGUUGCAAAUGUUCACAGCUUGUUAUAGAAAGAAAAGGUUUUUGAGCUCAGUCUGUCAAACCAGAAUCGGAAUUGGUGAUGCCUGAGCGCCCAGUCCAGCCCUGGUCACAAACCAUUAACAUGGUGAUGAGAUGGGAAGGAAAUCUUUGCUAGGUAUUGCCACUAAAAGCCAUCAUCUGCUCCCAAGACUAUGUGAACAGAUAAAGGGCUUACAUCUGGCAGAGACGCCAGGUCCAAAGACCAAUUUAAUUUGUUCUACGAUCAGCACAUCAUUUCUCCAGGGCCUUUUAUUAGUGUCCCACAAGCUCAGUGUCCAGAGAUGAACAAAACUAACUGACAGAAGCUCUGGUAAAACUAUUUUCCAGUCUAGCAGAGCAAUCUCAGAUGAAUGCCUGUGUAGAAAGAUGGAAAAGAGAAACACGUACUUGGUGUAAAAUGCCACAAACUUCAGUUCAUCUAAAUCUCCCUGAAUGACAACAUCAUCGAAUCCUUCCGCAUGGCCUGCAAAGCAGAGAAGAAGAAGUGGAUUCAGCAACAAUUCCUCUGUAUCCAGCUCUAAGACAGGGUGUUUCACUCCAGAGCUACAUAAAGAACGUCCUGUGGUGACCAAGAGACCAGCACAGGAAGAUGUAGGUACCAAAAACAACCGAAUCACAGGAUGGUUUGGGUUGGAAGGGGCCUUAAA